GAAAUCGUAGACUCUCUCUGUGUGUUCCAAUCAGGUGGCCUCUUCGUCAGCAAAUCACUCUCUAUAGACUAUAGUUAGUAGGAAGGAGAAGUCCUCUCUCAAAUUGCUUGCUGCUGCUCUCUAUCGUCUCGUGAGAUGCGUCGCUCUUCAUCAAAGAAGAAAUCAGCUGAAUCAGUCGCCACGGAUCUCUUUCGCUCAGAAUUGAGCUCUGCGAUUAAAAAAAAAAAAUCUAUCAAAACCACUUCGAGCAAGGCCUCGACUAAAGAGAUGGAUCGUAUUGAUCAGUUAUUCAAUCAGUAUGCCAAUCGAUCUUCCAAUCUCAUUGACCCUGAAGGAAUUGAGAAACUCUGCUCCAAUUUGGAUGUCUCCCAUACUGAUAUCAGAAUCUUGAUGCUUGCUUGGAAAAUGAAAGCUGAGAAACAAGGUUACUUCACUAAUGAGGAGUGGAGAAGAGGCCUCAAGGCUUUAAGAGCUGAUACUCUCAAUAAGUUGAAGAAAGCCCUUCCCGAGCUUGAGAAAGAGGUCAGGAGGCCUACCAAUUUUGCAGAUUUCUAUGCUUAUGCCUUCAAUUAUUGUCUUACAGAGGAAAAACAGAAGAGUAUAGACAUAGAGACUAUCUGCCAACUCCUAGAAAUUGUUAUGGGAUCUACUUUUCGAGCCCAAGUUGACUACUUUGUCGAGUAUCUUAAGAUCCAAAACGACUACAAAGUCAUAAACAUGGACCAAUGGAUGGGCUUGUACCGGUUCUGUAACGAGAUAAGCUUCCCGGACAUGGGCAACUACAACCCAGAGCUUGCAUGGCCGUUGAUUCUUGACAAUUUUGUUGAGUGGAUUGCUGAAAAACAAGCCUGAAAUCCUUAUGUGUCCUCCCAAGUCUCAGCUUCAAAGCGUCUUUUCUUGAGUAGGAUCAGUGGGGCUCAUCAAACAGCUUUUUCAGCACAUUUUUUUUACUUCAGUUUUCAUCUUUCAAACAUUAAAAAAGACACAUUAUAUGAUUCUUGUUACAUGUGAUUAACUUUCAAUAGAGGGAACACAUUAUGUUUUGGUUCAUAACAUCAACGUUCUAUAUUAGUAACCAAUGAUUUUGAAUUUG